AUGGGCAAUAAAAAUUCUUCAUCACAUUUAACAAAUCAUCACAAUUAUCGUUAUAUUCAUCAACAAAAAUCAAAUAAUUACGUAAUAAAUAACGACGAUAUUAACAAUAAUUUUGAAACAUCAUCAGAUCGAAAUAGUAAUAGUAAAAAGCAUGGUCCAUCACCUCGAUUUCGUCGUCGACACACACGACAAGGACAUCUCGAUAAGAAAACAAAACGACCGCAGACAGUUUCAUCAUAUCUUAAUGUUAGUUUACAAUCAAUUGGUGGUCGAACAAUUAGUUUAUUUUCUCGUAGCUUUAAUUUUCUUCAUCCAUCAUUAUCAUCAUCUCCAAUUGAUCCAUUAGAAAAUAUUCGUCAAGAAUUACCAUUAAAAAAUGGAAAUUGUCGAGAAUAUCAUGGUACACAUUCAGGUGUUUAUAAAAAUCAAUCACGUCGAAAAUAUCAAACAUCUUCAUUAAGAAAUCCAUAUCGACGUUCAAGUACAAAUUUUCCUGUUCAUGGACAUGAAGCACUUUUUCUACCUGAAUUUUCAAUUAAAGGAAGAAUAACCGAAGCUGAUUUUGAAGUUAUCGAUAUUAUUGCACGAGGUGCCUUUGGAAAUGUGAUACAAGUAUGUUCUAUACAUGACAAACAUAUAUAUGCUAUGAAAAUUAUGAGUAAAUCACAAAUUGUUAAAGAUAAUGCUGUUCAACAAGUCAAAGACGAAGUAACAAUAGCACAAUCAUGUCUUUCCUAUCCAUUUAUUGUACAUACACAUUAUUAUUGGCAAUCUCGUCGUUAUUUAUAUAUAAUAACUGAUUAUGUAGAAAAUGGUGAAUUAUUAUCAUUAUGGUUACGUAUACGUCGUUUUCCUCAAUUAAUUGUACAAAUAUAUAUAGCCCAGGUAGCCAUGGUGCUUGAUUAUUUACAUAGUAAAGGUAUUAUAUAUCGAGAUGUUAAAAUGGAAAAUAUUUUACUUGAUGAACAUGGUAAUAUAAAAAUUAUUGAUUUUGGUUUAUCAAAAUGGCUUGCAUUGGGACAACGAACAUCAACUAUAUGUGGAACAUUACAAUAUAUUGCACCUGAAGUCCUUAGCGUUCGACCCUAUGAUCAUCGUGUUGACUGGUGGAGUCUAGGUAUUCUUAUGUAUGCAUGCUUAUUUGGUGAAUAUCCGGUGUCAGCAACAAAAGAUCAUGUAACAAUGGCAAAUAAAGUCCUAAAUCAUACAUUUAAUUUGCCAUCCGUAGCACUUGAAAAUAAACUUCAAGUAAAAGAAUUAUUAAUACGUUUAUUAGAAAAGAAUCCCAAUCAACGUUUAUGUUCGUUAGAUGAAUUACGUCAAUCAUCAUUUAUGAUAAAAAUCGAUUUUAAUCGUAUCUAUGCAAAAUAUUAUUCUCCAUUAGAAAUUUUAAUGAAUAUGAAAUCUGAUUGGCGUAAUGAACUUCAAUUAUAUUAUAAACAUCGACCAAAAGAAAUUCAAAAUGGAAUAGACACUUCAUUAUCAUCUUCUCUUCAACAGAAAAGUCAUUAUCAAAAUAUGGAUAAUAAUCUUUUCCAAAAAUUUUCGGAGUGA